AUGAACAGCAGGCCAGUUGAGCAGGCAUUAGCCACCCUGGUCCCUACACAUGCGGGCGAUCUGCCUCAGGAGCUUUUAAGCCUUGCAACGAAUCUUGUCGCGCAAUCUCGUUCUUUGUCCGCAAGCCUCAAACCCGAAGAGGAAAUCGCGCGACCCUAUGCCUGCGCGGAGAUCGCAUGCAGGAGAUUGACUCGCGCUUUGAAGCUUCCUCCACCACUCGGUCACCCGCCCUGUCCGCCGCGACUUUACAAGAAACUCUACACGUUCCUUGAUAAGAGUCUGUCCGCUAGCUCAGUGGGAGCUAAACGAUCCGGCAGUGCAUCAGUUCCUGGGACACCCUCACGAGCUGGGCCCGGCUCCACGCGAACAACCCCAUCGAGGACAGGUGCGACGCCCUCUAAAAUCGCGCCUACACCUCGCGGCCUUUACAAUACACCUUCCAAAGCCUCCCCAUUGAAGAGAAGCCUGAGCGUCGCCGACAAGCUUGAAUCGCCGUCAAAAUCAGCGCGACGGGUCGCUCCAGAACGGAAAAAGGGACCUUCGGGGUCCACGAUCAUUCCAGAUGCCCCGGCGUGGGUAAUGCCUGCGAUUCGCACAGUUUGCAAAACGCUGUCGACACCCGCACCUCGCACGACUAGUCUAUCACGACCUCCUAUCUCGAGAACAUUGCCUCCUCAUAUAUUCGCUGGUGUCUCGUCUAUCCUCUACCUGACGGCAGGCAUGUCCAAUGACGAGGAAGGCAUGGAUCAAGAAACUCUUGAUUUUUUGGAGCCAAUUGUUUCCAUCCAAGGAAACGAAGAUGAUUUCAAGGAGCUGGUCUACGCCAUGAUUGUUGCGGUGUAUUUCAUCGUCCUCGCCCGCCGACGUAGUCCUGCUCCUGACGCCGACGAUGAGACGUUGAAUAACGACAGCCAAAAGAUGGAUAAGAAGACAUUCACAGAAAUGCGACAAACAGCUCUGACCAGUCUCGGCCUACCCAACGCAAAACAGCAUCGUGAUGAUGUAGAUCAAUGGAUUGCCUUGAUCAUGGAACAAGGCUGGGCAUCUGGCAAAGAGUGGUUUGAGAACAUUCCGCUCGCAGGCGAACUUCACGGGGAAGACGAAGAUGGUACCUCGUAUCGCCGCCUCGAUGAAGAGGAUGCCGCAUUUCGUGGUGUCAACUUAUCCAAGCGUGGCGACAGCUCCGCCCGUGUUCAGAGGGGAUAUACCAGUAAAGUUACACAUGGCGGGCUUUUGCCAGGUCUAGGAACAAUGAUGCAGGAUCGAGUAGACUAUUUGAGCGAGGAUCGUCGAGAAGAGUAUGUGGAGUGGAAGGCGGAAAUUUUGGCCCGCAUUGAGGGUGCAACUCCACGAGCUGGACGGGUCUUUGCGUAG